GUGGCGCGGCUCGUAAUCCAUUAUGGCGGCCUCGGGGGUCGGUGUCUCUCCCUGAGAGGCGUCGGAGCUGGAACCGGGUGCCGGGUCCUGCGGCUGAGGACUCCUAACGCGGCACACACCCUCACUGGCUGGAGAAGCCGGGUUCCUGGACUGAGCCGGGCAUGUGACUGCUCGGCGGCGGUGGCAGGGGCCGGUGCCGGGGGAGGGGUGUCUCGGGUAGAGACCCUUGGGCUCGGGGCAGCUGAGGCGCCGGGCCUCCUCCCCUGUGGCUGCCUCCAGGUUCCGGACCGCGGGAAUCCUUCGUCCCUCCUAGUCCUGCUCUGGCUCUGGGACACCCAGAGUGGUCUCUGUUUCUCCUUACCUGGAACACCCUGUUUCCUGAGGAGGAGCGUCGCCCCCGAAUAAGCCUCCCGCGCCCUGCCUGGGAAGUCUCUUUCUCACCCCGAGACCGCCUUUCGCUCGAUUUCAACCCCAAGUUUGCCACGGAGUCCCUCAUUCAAACCAUCUCCCUGCUGUCAAGAGAUCUUCGGGGCGUCCUCCCAGAUUGCUUUCGCCGGCCUCCGAUGUCCUGACUUCUUCCAAUGUCACCUACAGCCCCCUUGGUCACAGUGCAGCCCAAAACUUUAAUGCAAAGGAAAAGUCUGGAUUGGUUUCACAGGCCUUUUAAAAAGCGGACUUAAAAGUUGCUGGUCAUGCAUUUCUUCUCGGCAGAGUGGAGAGCAAGCUCUCGAUGAGAUCUGUGUGACCCGUGUCAUUUUUCCGGAGAGCAGGGCAGGGAAGUGAGAGCGGCAGGAAAUUUGUUACAAGAUGGAGAGACAGAGAUAGGGGAUUGGUUGACUUCCACAGAAAAGAUUGCAGAGAAUAUAAAAGCAGCUCAGCCUUUGCUUCUCGCUGGGGAGUUGAAAUGACUUUCAGUGCCGUUGGCCCUUUUCUGACUUUUCUGUGAAUAGUUUUAUCUAAAGUUCCCCUCUUGCAAAGAAAGUGUUCCUCAGCUCGCAACGUAGACUUAGAUUGAAGAAACUUUUGGCAUUGCGGUUACAUGACUUCAAACUAAUUACCCUGGAAAAGAAUUCCAGGCUCCUGUUUACAUGUGUGAACCUCAAACCCAGCUUCCCUUUGUCAUGGAAGUUGUCUGUCUGUGAUUGACCCAAGUUACUGACCCAAGACGGUGGUGUGAAGUUCUGGGUAUAUACUGUUGCCUGCUAACCCCCACGGACCAUUCUGAAAAGUCUUGAACCCUCUUCUGGAAAGGGGCACCUAUUAUUGCUUUAUGGGGCAGCAGCCUGGAAAAGUUCUUGGGGACCAAAGAAGGCCUAGUUUGCCCGCCCUGCAUUUUAUCAAAGGGGCAGGGAAGAGGGACUCAUCGAGGCAUGGGGGCCCACACUGCAAUGUCUUUGUGGAACACGCUGUCUUCAGACACCCCAGAAGAGGGCAUCAGGUCUCAUUAUGGAUGGUUGUGAGCCACCAUGUGGUUGCGGGGAUUUGAACUCAGGACCUCGGGAAGAGCAGUCGGUGCUCUCAACCUCUGAGCCAUCUCUCCAGCCUCCGACAUGAUAUCUUUUGACCUUCUCAGUGAUGAGCUGCACUUGAAACUUCUCGUUUUGGAUGUAGAAGCCCUGCAGAGGCCAGUGGCAUCUGACUUUGAGCCCCAGGGUCUCAGCGAAGCAGCUCGAUGGAACUCCAAGGAAAACCUUCUUGCUGGGCCCAGUGAAAAUGACCCCAACCUUUUUGUGGCACUCUAUGAUUUUGUGGCCAGUGGAGAUAACACUCUCAGCAUCACUAAAGGUGAAAAGCUCCGGGUCUUGGGUUAUAAUCACAAUGGGGAAUGGUGUGAAGCCCAAACGAAAAAUGGCCAAGGAUGGGUCCCAAGCAACUACAUCACCCCCGUCAACAGCCUGGAGAAACAUUCCUGGUAUCAUGGCCCUGUAUCUCGGAAUGCUGCUGAGUAUCUGCUGAGCAGCGGAAUCAACGGCAGCUUCUUAGUGCGGGAGAGUGAGAGUAGCCCUGGCCAGAGAUCCAUCUCGCUGCGGUAUGAAGGGAGGGUGUACCACUACAGGAUCAACACUGCCUCUGAUGGCAAGCUGUACGUGUCCUCCGAGAGCCGCUUCAACACUCUGGCUGAGUUAGUUCACCAUCACUCCACGGUGGCUGAUGGCCUCAUCACCACACUCCACUACCCAGCUCCCAAGCGCAACAAGCCCACUAUCUACGGUGUGUCCCCCAACUACGACAAGUGGGAAAUGGAGCGCACCGACAUCACCAUGAAGCACAAGUUGGGUGGAGGCCAGUACGGGGAGGUGUACGAGGGCGUUUGGAAGAAGUACAGCCUCACUGUGGCCGUGAAGACCUUGAAGGAGGACACCAUGGAGGUGGAGGAGUUCCUGAAGGAAGCGGCGGUGAUGAAGGAGAUCAAACACCCUAACCUGGUGCAGCUGCUAGGGGUGUGUACCCGGGAACCACCAUUCUACAUAAUCACUGAGUUCAUGACCUAUGGGAACCUGCUGGACUACCUGAGGGAGUGUAACCGGCAGGAGGUGAGCGCCGUGGUACUGCUCUACAUGGCCACACAGAUCUCAUCAGCCAUGGAGUACUUGGAGAAGAAGAACUUCAUCCACAGAGACCUUGCUGCCCGGAACUGCCUGGUAGGGGAAAACCACUUGGUGAAGGUGGCUGAUUUUGGCCUGAGCAGGUUGAUGACAGGGGACACCUACACGGCCCAUGCUGGAGCCAAAUUCCCCAUCAAAUGGACCGCACCUGAGAGCCUGGCCUACAACAAGUUCUCCAUCAAGUCGGACGUGUGGGCAUUUGGAGUAUUGCUCUGGGAGAUUGCUACCUAUGGCAUGUCACCUUACCCGGGAAUUGACCUGUCUCAGGUUUAUGAGCUGCUGGAAAAAGACUACCGCAUGGAGCGCCCUGAAGGCUGCCCGGAGAAGGUCUACGAGCUCAUGCGAGCAUGUUGGCAGUGGAACCCCUCUGACCGGCCCUCCUUUGCUGAAAUCCACCAAGCCUUUGAAACCAUGUUCCAGGAAUCCAGUAUCUCAGAUGAGGUGGAGAAGGAGCUGGGGAAACGAGGCACGAGAGGAGGUGCUGGGAGUAUGCUGCAGGCCCCAGAGCUGCCCACCAAGACCAGAACCUGCAGGAGAGCAGCUGAGCAGAAAGAUGCGCCUGACACCCCUGAGCUGCUCCACACGAAGGGCCUGGGAGAAAGCGAUGCACUGGACAGUGAGCCUGCUGUAUCGCCACUGCUUCCUCGGAAAGAGCGCGGGCCCCCAGACGGCAGCCUAAAUGAAGAUGAGCGCCUUCUCCCCAGAGACAGAAAGACCAACCUGUUCAGCGCUUUGAUCAAGAAGAAGAAGAAAAUGGCGCCGACGCCCCCUAAGCGCAGCAGUUCCUUCCGAGAGAUGGAUGGCCAGCCAGACCGCAGAGGGGCUAGUGAGGAUGACAGCAGGGAACUCUGCAAUGGACCACCAGCUCUCACCUCAGACGCAGCAGAGCCUACCAAGUCCCCAAAGGCCAGCAAUGGGGCUGGCGUCCCUAAUGGAGCCUUCCGGGAGCCGGGCAACUCAGGCUUCCGUUCUCCCCACAUGUGGAAAAAGUCCAGCACACUGACCGGGAGCCGCCUGGCUGCUGCCGAAGAGGAGAGCGGCAUGAGCUCCAGUAAGCGCUUCCUGCGUUCUUGUUCGGCCUCCUGCAUGCCCCAUGGGGCAAGGGACACAGAGUGGCGGUCGGUCACGCUGCCUCGAGACCUGCCGUCUGCUGGCAAGCAGUUUGACUCAUCCACCUUUGGAGGGCACAAAAGCGAAAAGCCAGCUCUGCCUCGGAAACGCACCAGUGAGAGCAGGUCUGAGCAGGUGGCCAAAAGCACGGCGAUGCCCCCUCCCCGGCUGGUGAAGAAGAACGAGGAGGCUGCUGAAGAAGGCUUCAAAGACACAGAAUCCAGCCCUGGCUCCAGCCCUCCCAGCUUGACUCCCAAACUCCUCCGCAGGCAGGUCACUGCCUCUCCUUCCUCUGGCCUCUCUCACAAGGAAGAGGCCACCAAGGGCAGUGCCUCAGGCAUGGGGACUCCGGCCACUGCAGAGCCAGCACCCCCCAGCAACAAAGUGGGCCUCAGCAAGGCCUCCUCUGAGGAGAUGCGCGUAAGGAGGCACAAGCACAGCUCGGAGUCCCCAGGGAGAGACAAGGGGCGACUGGCUAAGCUCAAGCCUGCCCCGCCGCCUCCUCCUGCCUGCACAGGAAAAGCAGGCAAGCCCGCACAGAGCCCCAGCCAAGAGGCCGGGGAGGCAGGGGGGCCCACAAAGACAAAAUGCACGAGUCUGGCUAUGGAUGCUGUGAACACUGACCCCACCAAGGCCGGCCCACCUGGAGAAGGACUGAGAAAGCCUGUGCCCCCAUCUGUGCCAAAGCCCCAGUCGACGGCUAAGCCUCCAGGGACUCCCACCAGCCCGGUCUCCACCCCCUCCACAGCACCAGCUCCUUCACCCCUGGCUGGGGACCAGCAGCCAUCUUCUGCCGCCUUCAUCCCCCUCAUAUCAACCCGUGUGUCUCUUAGGAAGACCCGCCAGCCGCCAGAGCGCAUUGCCAGUGGCACCAUCACCAAGGGUGUGGUUCUGGACAGUACUGAGGCCCUGUGCCUUGCCAUCUCCCGGAACUCAGAGCAGAUGGCCAGCCACAGUGCUGUACUGGAGGCUGGCAAGAACCUGUACACUUUCUGUGUGAGCUAUGUGGACUCUAUCCAGCAGAUGAGGAACAAGUUUGCCUUCCGUGAGGCUAUCAACAAGCUGGAGAGCAACCUCCGAGAGCUGCAGAUCUGCCCUGCCACAGCCUCCAGUGGGCCAGCUGCCACCCAAGACUUCAGCAAGCUGCUCAGCUCUGUGAAGGAGAUCAGCGACAUUGUCCGGAGGUAGCAGCAACCAGUGUAUGUCAGCAAGAGAUGUUGCAGUUCACAGGGCUCUUGUGCCUAUAAAGAUGGGGACAGGGGACUGGGGAGCUGGCGUCUUUCCCCAGGAGCUUUAAAGAGAGACAAGCAGAGCCUGAGGGAGACCUGGAUGGAGCCUGGUGGAGUUGGCUCUUCCUCCUGUGUUGUGCACCAGCUGCCCUGCACCUUUCCUGUCCAGCCCAGGCGUCAGCCACCUCUCCUCACUGCCUGUGGAUGGGUCUCCUGCUCUGAAGACUACAUCUGGCCUGCCUGGCCACCAGGCUUCUCACUCCCCGGUGCCUCAGACCCAGCUCCCAGGUCAGCCUGGAGUGCUCUUCCCUGUCCUUGCAGAACGACCUCCUCUGAUGGACCUUCUUGUCACCAAGGCAUGGGAGCCCCUGUGCUUACUGUACCUGCACCUUUGAUGCUUACAAACUGUCCCCGAGAGCCUGUGCUCACUGUGUUUUCAUUGGAAGGAAGCUGUCGCUUUAAGGGUCAUGAGGUGCUAAAGCCAGGGGCCCAGAUGGGUGGGCACUGGAAACAGGAGCUGGGCAGUGUGGUCUGUCACCUGCUCUCAGUAUCUUCAGCAGUGUGCCCGGCAGAUCUUGGACAGCAAGCUUGAGUUUUAUGGGUGGCAGUCACUGGCUGGCUAGGCACAUAGCCAGGCCAAACCUAGGCCUCCAAGGGCUCCCCAAAAUCUGAAUUUCUGAGUAGUCUUCAUCCCCUCUCCUGCUCUAAGGUCAGGUCCAUCCUCUCUGGUCCUUACCUUGAUGACAAGGAUCCAGCCUUCUGGUGUUUUUGAGCAUUUCAAAGGUCUGCAUAGAAAGGAACAGCCACUAGGUACAAACAGGCAGGAAUCUGGGCUCUCCUGAGCCCUGACUGCUUCUCAGAACUGCUGCUUAACCACUGAGAACAGUGCUCAGCCCAGAGCUCCUGAGAGCCAUGCACAUCACGCUGGGGUUGGGUGUCCCUUGCAGACUCAGCCAGGGGGGCCAUAUCUUCCUCCUAAGGCAGGCAGGACCAGAGCUGAGCACAGGCACAGGUGUGGGCGACUCCUUGACUAACCCAGAGCCGCCAGCCUAGGCCUCGUGCCAGGCUGACCCAAAACAGGGCGCAUGCCUAGGCCUUGUACCAGGCUGGAAGACACCUCCACACUCCCUGCUUCUCCACUGCAGGUGUGCUGUGCUGGCCCCAGGCCCACACUGAUCACCUAGAUGCGGGCCUGGUAGAGAUGAUUUCCUCUGGAUGGUCUUCCAUGGUCCUCGUAGCACCUCACCUCGUUACCUCCAAAGGCUGCUCUGCAGCCCAAGGGAGGCUGUGCCACACUGCCAGCGACCUUGAAUAGCCAGACACCGCCAUCCCCUGACACUGUGCUCACAAGGCCCCUGCUCUGUUGCUGCCGUGGGUGCCACUAUAUUUUGUAUUACACUUUGAUAUUACACUCUUUUUUAAAAUAGACUUGCGCUCUUAUAAAUGACAUGUAAAUAGUUCACCACUGUGCCCCCUCUGGCACACCAACAGCAUUCCCCUUUUUUCUCAGUCCAGUACAUUUUGUUUCUGUAUAUGACUGUUUUUUGAAUCCAAAUCUCUCUGUAGUAUUUUUUAAAUAAAUGUUUACAGAACUAUCGACAGACUGCUUGGUCUGUGAUUCAUCUCUGCAAGCCCUCAUGUCCCAGCCCGUGUGUCCCGAGCAUAUCGUUGCCAGCUGCCCAGCUCUUGGCAGCCUCACAGCAGAUGGUAGUGUCCUGUGUCGGGCCGGAAGUAGGAGCGGCUAAGCACCUGAGAUUCUUGCUGGCGGAGUGAGUCCCUCCCCGGCAUGCCUCUGCCUUCAGCCGCUCAGUGCUCUCUCUCUCUCAUGUGGCUUCGGGUGCCAGCUGUUAGGCUUCAGUGGACAGUGAACAAACGCCUCGGCAGGCUCCGUGGACUAUGCUUCAGUCACUGGAGCUCAGGCAAGGAUGCCAAGGCCACAGGCUGGGGUGCCCUGCCACUCCAACAACUCGCCACACAGAAGCUCUGCCUCCCCUGGCUGUCAUAUGUCAUGCAUGUUGAAGUGGGUCGGAGUUGUCCAGUGAAUCUAGACACUGGCCAUCCUGCAGGUCUUCUGUAGCCAAUAGGGUCAUCCUUGAGUGGCUGUCUAACAGGAGGUUCCAGGGACAGCCUCCACAGCUACCACUUGUGCUUUUGUGUGUGACAUGGGCCUAAGAGGGCUCCCAGUGGCCUCAAGCAAGUACUGUUUGCCUGUUUUCUCGAUUUCUUGUAAGGCCACAGGAGUGAGACCUGUCACCUUGGCCCAAGCAUAAAAUACUCCAUGUCUCCGAAAUAAGGUCCUGAUGUGUCAUUGGAAACUUAUUUCUGUGGCUACCUUUCUUGUCAGACGUGGUGGUGCCCACAAAGGCAGGUGGCCUGGCCUACAGAGCAAGAUCCGGGGCAGUCAGAGGGAAACCCUGGCUUG